UUGUUUUGCCCUCCUCCUUGAGACCAUCCUUCAGUACAGAGAUGCUUCUUGGAUGAUGCAAUAUGAGAAGACCGCUCAGACAUUCAUCCAAACACUCCGAUAAACAUGGUUUCUUCGACGGCUUACCUGACGACCUCGUCCUCUUCAUUCUCUCCAAGCUCAGCUCCACCGCUCCUUCUCCUUCCCAUUUUAUUACUGUCCUGUUAACAUGCAAAAGACUGAAUCAGUUGGCUUUGAAUCGUCUAGUAUUAUCCAGAGCAGGGGAAAAAAUAUUUGCAGUGAAAGCUAAAAGCUGGUCAGAAUAUGCCCACCGGUUUCUCCGGCGAUGUGUCAGCGCCGGCAACGUCCAUGCUUCCUACACUCUCGGAAUGAUCCAGUUUUACUGUUUAGAAAAUCGAGAGAGUGGGUUUAAACUUAUUGCUCAAGCGGCUUCGAGAUCUCACGCGCCGGCGUUAUACUCACUCGCCGUCAUACAGUUCAACGGAAGCGGUGGAUCCAAAAGCGACAAGGAUCUAAAAGCCGGCGUGAAUCUGUGCGCCCAAGCAUCUCUCCUUGGCCAUAUCGACGCCCUUCGCGAACUAGGCCAUUGUCUUCAAGACGGCUAUGGCACCACCCAGAACAUUGCAGAGGGACGGCGCUUGCUCAUCCAAGCGAACGCGCGUGAACUCGCUCGCGUGUUACGCUCCGUCUCCAUCAAAUCAUUUCCCUCCCGGCUCCGCUCCUCCCUGAUGAUGUGGCGCGUCCACAGGCGGCUUGGAAACGACGCAUGCCGAAUUGAAUGGAUUUGUCCGUUGCUCAGCGAUUACGGCUAUAGCGUGGCGGUGCCGGAGGUGCAUCCGGCUAACAGAUUCCUGAGGGAUUGGUACGAGACAGGUCGUGGUGUGUUAGGGGAGGAGCUGAGACUGUGCGCACACAUUGGGUGUGGCCGGCCGGAGACGCGGCCACACGAGUUCCGGCGAUGCUCUGUUUGCGGGAAGGUCAACUAUUGCUCGCGCGGGUGUCAAGCGCUUGAUUGGAAGUUAAGACAUAAGACGGAAUGCUCGCCGGUUGAAGGGUGGGUGGUGGUGAACGUCGAUGUCGGUGGCGGCGGCGCCGAUAUAGGAGGAAAUGUUAAUGGUGGUGACGACGUGGUAAAUGACGUGGUCGCUCAGAACGUGGCAGCUGGAUGAAGUGGAUUUUGGCUCUUGUUUUUUUUUAAUCAAUUUAUUAUUCUGUUUUUUCAGUGUACAGAUAGGUGAAGCAACUAUUUCUUCUGGUAGCACCUGGGGUGGGAAGAUUCUUUCUUCUAAACUCAGUCAUUCCUUUUUUUUUUUUAUCUUUUUCAAAAAUGUAUACUCAUAAUCAUAUACUUACUUAAGGUAAGAUGUUGGUAAAUUUUAUUUAAGAAAACGUAAUUUUUUAUCUUUAUAUUUUACUCA